AAAGUCUCUGGAUCGAAAUGCGUACUACAAAAUGGAAAACAGCUGCAAAUGGCAAUCCGCAAGGAAGCUAGACAACUCGCUGACAGUGAACGAUUCCAGAUUGCAAAGGAUGCGAGCACAGGUCCUGUAGAUCGUCUGGUUUUACCAUUACAUUUACAGAUUGCGUUCAAUAAAAUGAAAACAGCUGGUGUUUAUGAUCGCAUUGGCUUUGUUCACAAAUACAGCGGACUCCAUGAGGGGCCAGGAUUUUUUACUUGGCACAGAGAGUACCUUAAAAGAUUCGAGCUUGUAUUUCGUCGUUACUUGCCAGCUGGCAGCCGACUUGGACUACCUUAUUGGGACAGCGCUCUAGAGUCUGAGCUUCCUGAUCCACGUGAGUCGCUCUUCUUUUCGACACUAUUUGUUGGUUCUUCCAAUUCUACUGGGCAGAUUGUGGAUGGCCCAUUCUCUGAUUGGUUCAAUAUGGAAGGAGAUCACAAGCUUCUUCGUUUCAUGCCAAACCAAAGUAAUGGUGAGGUACUGAACAAUGCGAGGAUCGAUAUAGUGCUCGAGCAGAAUAAAAUCGAACAAAUUCUGGCUGCAGUUUUAGCUUUGGAUACGUGCAAAAUCGCUAUUAAUGACGAGCGGUUACUGUCAUACUCGCACGAUUAUGUACACUAUUUCAUCAAUGGUGACAUGCGCGAAACGUACUCAUCGAGCAGUGAUCCUAUAUUCUUCUAUCAUCAUACCAUGAUGGACCACAUUUGGGAGAUGUGGCGACAACGACACCAGACUCGCAGAGAACGAGAAGAACAAUAUCCGCCAUCAUAUCCUGAUUGCUAUCCGCCAACACACUUCAUCAAUGCCUCUAUGAAGGAACUCGAACCUUACACAAAUAAAGACGCACUAUCAAACAAGUACACUGAUAAUAUGUAUACAUACACGAAGAGGCCUAGCUGUUCGGAAAAAGAUAAAAAUUGCGGAUCGAAGUACCUCUUCUGCCACAAAGUUGAAGGUUUUUAUCAGUGUAUAGCGAAACUACGAGAAGGUGCAGACUGCAGUGGUUUUGAGCAAACGCCCAUUUGCUAUGAAGGCAUUUGCCGAGAAGGCCGUUGUGCGCGAAAUGAUCUUGACAUUGGGCCGGAUCCUAAGGGUUACAUGUGA